GCACCCGCGCGGGUCGCUGAGGCUGCGGCAGCGCAACGACCCGGGGCUGCUUCUGUCCGUCUGUCCGUCCGUCUGUCCGCCCACCCAGCCAUGGUUGCAUGGGCCCCCGCGCCACGGAUUCUGUUGCUGCUCCUGCUGCUACCGCCGCCUCCCGGUGCCCAUAGUGAGUUGUGUAUAACCUCCCAUGGACGCAACCUCUUCCCCGAGUCCUGUCCUGAUUUCUGCUGUGGUUCCUGUUAUAACCAAUAUUGCUGCUCUGAUGUGCUGAAGAAAUUUGUGUGGAACGAGGAAAGAUGUGCUGUGCCUGAGGCCAGCGUGCCCACCGACAUGAAGCCGCUGGAGCAGCUGGGCUCAGCGCUGAGGUUUCGCUCCAGUUUGGACAGUGACCCCAUGUCAGGGUUUGGAGCAACUGUGGCCAUCGGCCUGACCAUCUUUGUGCUCUCUAUUGUCACCAUCAUCAUCUGCUUCACCUGCUCCUGCUGCUGUUUGUACAAGAUGUGCCGCCGACCGCGUCCGGUUGUGACCACCACCACAGCCACUACUGUGGUGCACGCCCCUUACCCUCAGCCUCCAAGUGUGCCACCCAGCUACCCUGGACCGACCUACCAGGGCUACCAUCCCAUGCCUCCCCAGCCAGGGAUGCCAGCAGCACCCUACCCGACACAGUACCCACCACCCUACCUGGCCCAGCCCAUGGGCCCACCAGCCUACCACGAGACAUUGGCUGGAAGUGCAGCUGCGCCCUACCCUGCUAGCCAGCCUCCGUACAACCCAGCCUACAUGGAUCCCCCAAAGGCAGCCCCCUGAGCAUACCCUUGCCUCCCUAGCUGCCACUUGAUUAUGUCAUGUCUGUGUGAGUGUGUGUGUGUGGUAUGCAGGCACGGUUCUUUACUGUCCCAUGCGUGGUGUGUGUGUCCUAUCUGUACACAUGGUUUCCUCUGAUGCUGAUGAGCUGGGGAACAAUCCUUGCCAGAGUGGGCUGGGACCAAACUUUGUUCUCUUCCUUACUUGAAAUGAUGCUUCCUGAAAUCUCAAGCAAAAUUCAAAGAAUGGGGUGGAAGUUCUUUUUCAGCUCACCCCACGGCAACCAGGUGUAGCCUGUUUUUGUGGGCACGAUGCACAUAUGUCCUGGUUUCAGCAGAGUGGCCAGCUGUUGCUUGAAGCCAUGGCUUAUCCCAUGGUUUGGGGGGCCCUUCACAGAGCCAGAGCUGUGAUGCAGGCAACUGGGUGAAGCUGGGGAUUGCUUAAGUUGUCUUUCGGUCCUUUGGACAGACAUCUCAUUGCUGCCUGGAGCCUGUGCCAUGCCUGGUGGGGGUUGGGCAGCCUCCUGAUGUCAAAGCACCUCAGGUAGAGCACCACCCACCCCUGACAGCUGUCACCUGGACUGUCCCUGCAUCCUCCCACUUGGAGGGCCACAUCCACUCACGGUUCUGGCUGCCCAUGGGGAAGCUUUCCUGCCCUUGCUGGCCCCAGCCCCUGACACAGGUAGGCAGGGUGGCCUCUGUCCACCAACACACUCAGGUCUCCUUCCUGCAGUGUUUUUAUUUUACUUUUAGCCAAACAUUUUGCCUGUUUUCUGUUUUAAAAUGUGUGUGAUAGUUGACUUGAGGCUGAAACCCCUGGGUCCUGGAGGGAAAUUGGCCCACAGAGGAAAGAGACAGUCUGACCUCUGAUAGUCCCUGCUUCCCCUGACACCAUCCUCACAGAACGUCCAGCUCCUGUACUCCAGUCCACAGUUUGUCCUGGCAGCAGGGACACCUGGGCCAAGGGGCUGUCUGGACCCAAGGUGAAGGUGGGGCCUGGGUGUCAGCUCUGGCCCAGACAUGAAUACCUCGGUGUUCCUUGUCCUUCUGUUAAUGUUUCACCAGAUCUGUCUUAGCUCUGUAUCUAUUGUGUUUCUGAGAGAGUCUAGGGUCUGCACCCUUGUUUAUAAUAAAUGCAAACAUUUGGA